AUGGGCAACCAAUCCUCCAAGGAUGCUGGAGCAUCCAAAUCUGGAAACGGCCCUGAGGAGGGCCUCCAGUCCUACCCCUCUUUCGGCAAGUCAGAGACGCGCGAUUCGUCGCGCUCUUUCCGCUCUCUCCGUUCCCGCAUUCCCGGCCGGACAGACAGCCCCAGGAGCUCGGCCAUCUUGUCAGCAGGAAAUGGAGACUCCGAAUCUGGUUCCAGGCUGGCCAAGUCUCCCGUUGGUCGGUUAAGCCGAAAUAAUUCUUAUACAGCCUCGAGCCCAAGCUCCCCUACGUCCGUCGACUCCGCCGCCGUCUCCCCGACCUCUGAGGACCCGCCCCCUCCUCAGUCCCCUGUUUCGACUUCCGUGAAGGAAGGACAGCACCAGGACAUCGCGGCCGCCCAGGCCAGCGGCGAGGUCGACCAUGUCUCCGACCAGCCGCCCAGUGGUGCUACGAACACCACUCUGUCGGCCCAGCAGCCGAGCCAGAGCAUCCUGGUCAAGCGCGAAGAUUCGGCCAACUGGCCUACCCCAGCUGCGGUGUCAGAAGCUAUGAAAGAAGAUAAUGCGGCGGGCGUUGCUAUGAGCGACAUCAAGGACAUCGACGUGGACGAUUUCAUCAAGCGCCUGCUCGAUGCGGCCUACACCGGCAAGGUCACGAAGAGCGUGUGCCUCAAGAAUGCCGAGAUCACGGCCAUCUGCCAUCGCGCCAGGGAGGUGUUCCUGUCGCAGCCUGCCCUGCUUGAGCUGGACGCCCCCGUCAAGAUUGUGGGCGACGUGCACGGUCAGUACACAGACCUGAUCCGCAUGUUCGAGAUGUGCGGUUUCCCGCCCCAUGCCAACUUCCUGUUCCUUGGCGACUAUGUCGACCGAGGCAAGCAGUCGCUCGAGACGAUCCUGCUGCUGCUGUGCUACAAACUCAAGUACCCCGAGAACUUCUUCCUCCUCCGCGGUAACCACGAGUGUGCUAAUGUCACACGCGUGUACGGCUUCUACGACGAAUGCAAGCGCAGGUGCAACGUCAAGAUCUGGAAGACCUUCAUUGACACCUUCAACACGCUUCCCAUUGCUGCCAUCGUCGCCUCUAAGAUCUUCUGCGUCCACGGCGGCCUGUCGCCCGCCCUUAGCCACAUGGACGAUAUUCGCAACAUUGCUCGUCCCACCGACGUUCCAGACUAUGGGCUGCUGAACGAUUUGUUGUGGUCCGACCCGGCCGACAUGGAGCAGGACUGGGAGGCCAACGAGCGCGGUGUUAGUUACUGCUUCGGGAAGAAGGUUAUUACAGACUUCUUGGCGGCCAAUGACUUUGACCUGGUGUGCCGCGCGCACAUGGUUGUUGAGGAUGGCUACGAGUUCUUUACCGAUCGGGUUCUGGUGACCGUGUUUAGUGCUCCGAAUUACUGUGGAGAAUUCGAUAACUGGGGCGCCGUCAUGUCGGUGUCCUCGGAGCUUCUGUGCAGCUUUGAGCUGCUGAAGCCCCUUGACUCGAACGCCCUCAAGAACCACAUCAAGAAGGCCCGCAAUAGGCGCAACCAGAUGCUCAACAGCCCGCCUGCAAAUGUGUAUCCCCAAAGUGUGUAA